GAUGACAGAAGCAACGCAGUUGGUCGAUGCUAAGAAUGUCGGUAGGAAACGGAAAUCGGGGAACAAGAAGGGGUUGAAUGCGAAGAAAAGGCGAAUGAUGCAUCAAGGCGGUGAAAAGAAGGUUAAAAUUAAUCCAAAAACGAGGAAAUUGUAUCAGAAGAGGGCUAGGGAUUACAAUUCUGACGAGACAGAAGAAGAUGAGGAUCCCCAGCAAGCUCCGAGUGCAGUUGCAGUUGACGAAUCCAAGCAUAUUGGUGAUGGAUUUGAAGGUGGAUUAUCUGACGAUGGUGGUGUGGAGAAUGAAGGGUUUGAGGGAGAGGAAGAAGAGGUAUCGGAAGACGAAAGCGGUAAAAUUCAGCCUGGGAUUGUGAGGUUUUCCGAGGGGAUUAAGGCUUUUAAGUCGGCAUUUAAGAAGAUUGUUAAGAAGAGUGCUGGCGAUGAGGAUGUGUUGGGUCCUGUGUUAUCCGCCAAUAAGAAGCUGUUAGCUGAGAAGCUUGCUGAAGAGGAUUUGGAAAAGAAAGUGAGGGGGGAAGCAAAGAAGGAGAGGCAUAUGAUAAGCGAGAAGGGGCAUGUGAAGCCUGCUGAAUUUUUGGAUGCUCAUGAGAAGCUUCUGUUGGGAGUGGCAACUAAAGGAGUGGUGAAGUUGUUCAAUGCUGUAAAUAAGGCCCAGAAUGCCCAGAAAGGUUUUAAUCCUUUGAUAACAAAGGACGAGAAAGUAAUAAAGCAACGGAGGAAGGAAGCCUUCUUCUCGGAGUUGGGCAGGACAUCAACCCAAUCAGCUGCGACAGUUAUCAAGGUUGGCACCUCAAGUGGCUCUGUGGAUGGUGAAGCUCCUGCAUGGGCGGUGAAGCUCCUGCAUGGGCCCCUCUGCAUGACAAUUACAUGUUGA